UCGGUGCCAAACACCGCUUUGCGAACCGUGCCAUGCCGAAUGCCAAUCUAGGCCACCGAUAGUGCCAGUACGUCUCGAACGGUGUGCCGAGGUAAACGUGUUGUAACACCCAAAAACGCACGUGUCCGGGUACGAAAGUGCGCGCGUUCGUCUCGGCGAGAAAAAAAAACUCCCCUCCAACCCCUCUCGGUAUUGGUGCGUGUAAUGGGGAAUGGGUUUGUCAAAUAUUAAAUAGAAAUAGAAACAGUGCAAAACAGUGCCGGCAAUGAAGGAAGCGAGAACAUCACGGUCAAGCUCCCGAUGGAAUGGAGACGCCUGGUGGUUGUUGGGUGCGUAGAAAACGGAACGACGGAGGAGAGUGAAAAAAAACACACACACAUCCAGCCGCGUGUAUGCGUGUCAAACGGGCCGAUCGAUGGGAAUCGAAACCCCCAUUCGACUAACCGUGGGGCGAGGUGUGGGCAAAAACCAGUGGUGGAGGGGUUGAAUUUUUGGCAAAAACCCGGUUCGCCGUUUCCGAGUUGGCGAAACAAAAUGAUGCUUCACGAAAUGAAACACAAUUUCACCUUGGUCGGUGGGCGGCGGUGUUUUCCGCACUGGUAGGCGCUAGGCUGUCAGCGUCAGCGUGGUACGUGUUCGUGUUGCGGAAGAUUCCACUACAAAGUGAAGGUUUUGUGGCCACAGCGUUUUAGCGAGUGCGAAUUAGUUUCAACUGCAAACCGGCCCUUUGCCCAACAAGUUUGCAGCACAAUACGCUUCGGGAGUGGUGUUUUGUUUGCGUGUGCUAUGUGUGUGUGUGCAGUAGUAUACCACUAGUGUUUUAGUAGUGUUUUUGGGGGAGUGUGCGUUAGUGAGAUAAUCACGGCUUCUGGCAGUGCGUUCUGCAGAGCGAAUCAAUGCAGGCAGGAUUGAUGCGCCCCGUGCCGAACGAAAAGUUUUGUAUCGUUAUGACGUAACGGUGACUUGUUUCAGGAAAAUUGUUUGUCCCAGCAGACAGACUCUUCGCCCCAUCCCGUCGGACGUGAUGAAACACCGCCAGGGGAAAUUGGCCCUGCAUGAAGUUUCUUUAGCAUAAAAAGCAACAUCAUAAAGGCAAAGCCGGAAGACGAGGUGAAACAUAAAGGCUACAGCUACAGCUCGACCCCGGGAGCAUCUUCGGCGCUGUAGCACAAGCACCGCUGAACAAACAGAACACGAUACAUGCCGUGUAGCACACAUCAAGGACCCGAGCACUCGACGCUGCCACACUGUUAGGUACGACGAGCACUGAGCUAAUCGAAGUGAAAUGACUUAAAAAGCGAGGGUGAAUAGAUUCUGUGCAAAGUAAAAGGGAAAGGAAAGGAAAACUUUGCCCACCGACCGCUUUCUGGCAUAUUGAAAGGGUAUAAAUUAGAAAUGCAAUAAAUUAUCCACCACCAACGGGCCCAACUCCACCGUGGGGAAAUCGGGUCGCUCUUGGGAGACAUCUUACAUGAACCCCGGUCGGGAAUAGGGUCCCAGAAGCGAAUGAAGCAAUCUUGUAAUUUUAUCCCUACAGUGCAAAGCGUCAAGGUUUUACGAGUCGAGCUCACUCAUACCACUUGUAAUCGACGGAGUGUGUGCAUGUUUUCCUCUUCAACAGUGUGUCCCCGGGCGGUGAUGUUGUGUGAAGUGUAAGUGCAAAGUGUUUAUCGUGAAAGGUGAAGAAGGUUUCGCAUCGUUUUUUUUUUUGGUUUGUUGUCUUUCCCUUCAAUUCAGCUUCUUUUGAACGCGCACGAUAAUUCCGAGAGCCUUCAAAGCGUGAGGUUGCAACAGUGCCCCGCUAAGAGCCGUGCUGAUGACGAUGUGCGUUCGCCAUCGGUGUCGGAGGCGAUAAGCGGUGAAGUCAAUGAGAGCGUCUUUUGAUGCGAGGAUGAGUAAGCCGAAAACCGAAACAGUGUAGUACGUGGCCCGUAUGCAGAAGAAAUAAGAAAAAAACAGUAGCACCAGUAGUGCUGGAUAAGAAGCACUUCAAGUUUGUUUGAAUGAAUAGAAGCAGCUAAGAAGGGUACGAUCAACAGAAGGCCCAAGUAACGGGAACAACAAAAAACGGUGGAAAUAAAAAGCAAUCCACAGAGAAGACGACCCUUUUCAUCCAGGAAGGAUUAACCUUGCGCCCGAGACGUACAAAAUCAAAACUUCAAGUGAAGCAUCGGAAAACCUUACGGCUCCGGCGCUCUGGACGCUGGGGAAAAGCGGAAAGGACCGCAAAGGGAAGAAAUCCUUUCAUCCACCUGUCCAGGUGUAGCGGGGGGACCUGAACGAAAGCCAACCGGAGAAGGAAGGCAGAUUUUGCACGAACUGCUUCAUCAUUUAUGGUUUGAAAAUCCCCUACAGCACUACGGUUCGAUUCUAAUCAGCGCGUGCUGGCAGGCAUCGUACGUUUGGAGCAGAACGGUUUGAAUACUGCGGUGCAAAGCUUGAUGCCAUCAUUAUCAACCACGUUGAUGGUACCACAGAUCGUUCGAAUCGAUAACGACACGCCCGGUAACGCGCGGUUUUUAUCGGACCCGGCCCAGCUCACCGGUUCGGGCCGCUAGCCGUGGGCAGCGCCCGCGAACGCUCGUCUUAUCACACCCGAACCAGCACCAGCCGCCACCAUCCUGAUCCUCAUACUCUACGCCAUCUUUCGAUUCAUCCAAUCGUUUUGGGGUGAGCCGCUACCGUCACCUGUUUCCAUUGGCCCAGGGCAGCGCACACCGGUAAGUCCUCGGCCCCGGCCCCCGGACAGCCGAUUCCACCCGGUGGAGCCGCCCGGGUGGACGCGUGGUCCUGCCGACGACAGUGCGGACCAAACCGCGCCCAGGGCAUCCGGUGAACCGUCCCGGAAGCGGUACAAGCGCGACGAUCGCAACGUGGAGGACGUCGGCGACGUUGCGUUUAGUGCGGCGCCAUGCGUCGCCGGAAGCCGACCGACGGCUUCAUUCUUUGCGGAGUGUUCUGCUGGACAAUAAUCGCCCAUCUCGUCUCGACAUGUCUCGCCGCCCAGCUCGAGGAGCGGAUGGAGAUCGUGCGCAAAGUGCUGAAGGAAGUGCCUUUAAUCGAUGGUCACAACGAUCUACCCUGGAAUAUACGAAAGUUUCUCAAGAAUCAGCUCCGAGAGUUUCGAUUUGGGGAGGACCUCCGCGACAUUACACCCUGGUCAACGAGUGCCUGGAGUCACACGGAUCUGCGACGCUUGAAGGAAGGCAUGGUUUCAGCACAGUUCUGGUCGGCCUAUGCGCCCUGCUCGUCGCAACAUUUGGACGCAGUGCAAUUAACGCUGGAGCAGAUCGAUCUCAUCCGCCGGCUAGUAAACCUUUACCCGCAGCACAUGGCCCUGGUGACGACGGCCGAUGGCAUCGAGGAGAGCCAUCGCUCCGGCAAGCUGGCCAGCCUGAUCGGGAUCGAGGGUGGCCACUCGAUCGGCACCAGCCUCGGUGUGUUGCGCACGUUCUACCAGCUCGGCGCCCGCUAUCUCACCCUCACGCACACGUGCAACACGCCGUGGGCGGACUGCUGCAAAGUUGAUGAGCCGGGCCGGGUGCCCCACAUCGGGGGCCUCUCCCACUUCGGCACGCUCGUCGUGACCGAGAUGAACCGGCUCGGCAUGAUCGUGGACCUGUCGCACGUCUCCGUGCCGACGAUGCUGGAUGCGCUGGCCACCUCGAAGGCACCGGUCAUCUUUUCGCACUCCUCCGCCCAUGCCAUCUGCAACAGCUCGCGCAACGUCCCGGACCAUGUGCUGAAGCGAAUCGCCGUUAACGGUGGUCUCGUGAUGGUUGCAUUCUAUCCCCAUUUUGUGAGCUGUGGCGAAAAGGCAACGCUCAAGGAUGUCGUUGCUCACAUUAAUCACAUCCGAGAUGUGGCCGGGGUCGACCACGUCGGUAUAGGGGCCGGAUACGAUGGGGUCAAUUUAGUGCCGCAAGGUUUGGAGGAUGUCUCCAGGUAUCCUUACCUGUUCGCAGAACUGCUAGAAUCAGAACGGUGGACCGAGGAGGACAUAGCGAAGCUGGCCGGUAGAAAUCUUAUACGGGUGUUUCGACAGGUGGAGCAGGUACGGGAUCAGCUCGAAGCCCAGGGAAUGCUUCCCAUCGACCAAUCGAUACCGCCGGAAGACAUUCUCGGCCGCUCGUACUGCCGCUACUCGGGGCCGCGUACGUGAUGAAGUGCGACCGGUUCGGACGACCGUGCCCCUUCCACUGCUUCCACCACUCACCAUCGAACCAAUCCACCAGAACCGUGCGCCCGCGACUGCGGUAACACCGGCUGAACCCGGCUGCCGACCGCUGAGGCUGACGGCAGAUUAGAGCGCCCUGGGAAACACCCGUACGCCAAACUACUCGGGCAGCAGCAGCAGCAGCCGACGAACUUCCGCGCAUGGACGAAGCGAAACCCGACCAAGUGGUUUCGCCAUUUUAUUGCAUAUCACACAGAUACACAAACCGAGACACACACACUCACAGUAACUCAUAGUAAUUUGGUAGUAAGUUACCGACGCAGCGACACAACGGGAGGGUUACGAAGGAAACGCUCGCACUACAAAUUGCAGGGUACGAUAAGAUCUCGCAAUCCGGUUUAUUUGUCCCCUUUCCAGACAAGACUUCACUCUCUCCAACAGCUCCAAGUGGGGGGAUGACAGUUUUUGUUCAUCCAAUGCAAUGCAUCAAAAUUGUAACAAAGAAAGAGCGACAAACGGCCACCAAACCGUUACAGAACGCAAAGCGUCACAAAGGUAGUUUGUCUUUAAUAGUUCUAGCCGUUGUUCCGUCUUCCGGGAUAAGCUUCCGGCAGCAUCGAACAAGGUAUCGAUUUGUUCCGCGCAGUAGCCGCACACCGAUCGACGCUUUGGCAGAGGAGCGUCUGCAUCACGAUCAAAUCUUCAACCGUUUCAACGGAGUUAGCUUCAAUUGGUAAGGUAGAUGUAAUAGUAUCGUAGCAACAAUAAAAAAACGAUAAAAACAAACCCACAUGUACAUACACUAUCAUGUAGCAAGUGAUAAACGACACUACAAGCGGAACGAAACGGUUUAGGGCGGAUUGGGAGCGAAUCGCUACGGCGCAAACUGAGAUCCGACGAUACGGGGUUGGUUUACAAUGGUCCAGUCAGCAGAAACGCUAAGGUUUAAAUUCAAGCGCUCAUUUAUUAUUCCCGCUUUCGGUUCUUACCGGUGUAGAACAAUCAAUCAGCUGUCCCUUGUCGAGCAACGAACAAACCGAUCGAUCAAACGGCCCACACACAACUCCUCACACAAACACUCUUCCCAAAACACUCGUUUUCUUCGUUGUGUUCUCCACGUUGAUCACAGCACGAGACAGGUGGAGAUCAAAACUCGUCAAAUCGAAAUGUGAUAAAGUUAUAUUGAAAAGAAAAGCCCAGCUUAAACAACUACACUUGCAGCAACAGCAAGCGUACAAAGCGUUCCCUUUUUUUCCUUUCCUUGUACCUUGAGGAUCAUUUUUUUAAAGCUUCCACUAUGCCCCUAAUGUUCAGUUCAUUUUUAAUCACUCUUGCUCUCUCUCUCUCUUUCUCAUACAUACACAGACACACACACACACACAGAAACUUUUAUUGCUCCAGUUUGUCUGCAAUUGUGCAAUCAAUGCCACAAACGCUUGUUACAGAAAAUGGCACAAUUCAUCCAUCCUCCACAUGUUCCUGUAAAUUGAAUGCAUAGCGCCAACUAAACAGUUUGUACAUAGGCAUAGUAGUGUAAUAAAUGCAACGAUACGCGUAACACUUCCUUCCAUCCUCGAAUCACUGCUCACCGUUACAUCCAUUAAUGCUUUCCCACAACCUGCAGUGAGCGCGAGUUUCCAUUUACAUCCAUCAUCUUUAACUAUCAACCCAUCAAAACAGGUGACCCACCACUAACGAGCGCUUGCAUGUGUAUGUCUGUGUGUGUGUGUAUGUGUGUGAGUAAUAAAACACAUUAAAUCACCACAGCUCCAUCCUACCGCAGUGAAGCAAAGAACAAAAACAUCCACUAGGUAAACUGCGGUUGUUUGCAUACUCCCCGCUCUCUUCCGGACAUCCCGGGGCAGGAUCAAUGGACAGCUGAUUGAUUUAUCACGGUACAAUGGUUGAAAGCAGAUUUAUGCAACACCAUCAUCAUCACCGCCGCACAAUGCACGGUGAAGAAUCGGGUCAAAAGAUUAUGGCAAUUGUUUUCCCUUUAUUGUUUGUUGCUUUUCCCCCUUUUGGGCAUUACACAGUUUCAAAUGGAACUGUUAUGGCUGCAAAUGGGUUGCACCGAUCAUUACUGGCACGAAUCAGGUGAAGGAAAGCUGGAUUGGCGGUAAACAUUGAUGAGCUUGUAGGUGAGGUCUGGUGAAAGCCCAUGCAUUUAUAAAUUCACUCAUAUUUUGUUUACAGCUUAAAGCGCAGCUUGACGCAGCUGACCGACCAGCCCAUCCAGCCCGUCGUUGGCGAGUUGUGUCUAUUAGGGUGAGAUUAAGGGGAACGAUUCAGCUCACCAAUCCGUUCAAGAUUUGUAGCGUAAAAGGGACAAAGCACUUACACGCGAACAAAAUAACAAAGCAAAGUGUUUUGUGUACAGUAGCGUAUCUGAAGCAGAAAGCAACCACACUGAGCAGAACGAAAACUGAAAACCCACGUUGUAUUAUAUGUACUUUACUGUCAAAAACGAUCGAUAUGAAUUUAAACUAGUAGUAACCGUACAAACCCAAUGUAACUCUCCAAACAAAAGGCGCUCCCCCUUCCUGUAGCCCGAUUCAGUUCGAUACUCGAUAUUAGUGAACGAUCGAUAGCUCACUACAGCCGACCGUGCGAGGAACCCUGUUUUUUACGCCACACCACCUUUGACGACCAUUAACAUUGCCAUCAGACACUUCCGCUCAUUUUCAUAGGUUCUUUUUCCUCCCCCUCAACAGGAUGCCAAAUGAAGUUCGGUUUUGUAGUAUUAUAUAUAUUUAUCCGUAAGGGAAAACGAGACCAAGAGCGUAAGAGUUGGCAACGUUUGCGGGAGACACAAAAGUGUACAAAAGAAUCAUGCAAAGUAAAAAAGGGGACACAGCUGAGGGCGUUGGGGAAACGCGGGAAAGAUUAAGAAUAUACCAAAGCUAACCUUCUUCGCGAUUCAAGUGGAAAUAAUGAACAAAAGGAGGAGGAGUAAAACAAUAUAUCUAGAGUGGAAAACGGGAGAUAGCGAAUUAAACUAACUAAACAAAGAAAACAAAGCGAAAAGAAUACAACUGUUGGGAAAGGGAGGGUAACGAGAGGCUAUAAGUAAAUUGUUUAAUAAACAUUUAAAAGUCACAUCAACAAUCAAA